AUGGCAGGGUCGGCGACGGAGACCCGAAAGGGUCGCCGUGCGGCGGCUACAGACACAGAAGACUCCAUAGAUGCAGAAUUUGGGGGAGAUUAUUCAGAAGGCUCGCUGGAGUUAUUUCGGCAGCUCGGGCGGAAGGGUGCCCAGUUCGGGCAAGUUGAGCCCUGGGAAGAGCAAGAGGUGCGGCCUCCAGCGCAGGAAGAAUGCGAUGCGGCGGUUGAGGAGCUCGCCUCGCUAGAUCGCGCGCUGGAGCAGGUAAAGCAUUACAGGCCAGAUGCCAAGGAGCUCGCAUGGAUAGACUACAAGCGCGCACUGGUUGAGGAAGCAUCCGAAGGGGAAAUAACCUGGCUUAAGCUCAAAGCCUAUCACCACGGCUUAGACGUCCUGCGCACACCACGCACGCUGGAUGGCAACGCAGCGGCAGCAGCGGCAUCUUCCACUUCCAGCUGCCAAGGAGCUGGCUGCUCACCAUUUCCCUGCGACGUGGCGUCUUCACGAGAGGCCGUUCUGAAGGCAGUCCAAUCCCUCCUUCCCUCGAGCUCCAGCAGCGAGGAAGAUGAUGGCGCCGCCGCUGCCUCCCAUACUCCGGGCGUUUCCGCACGCCUGACCUCCCACGGGCAUGCGAGCAGCAGCAGUAACAGCAGCGCCACGGUAUUAGGCUAUGGACCCACCUCUGUAGCCGCUACCACGGCACCGGCGACCGCAGUCACUAUAUAUAACCCAGAGUACCUGGAGGAGCUCCGUCUCACCAAGCAGCUAGCGCAGCAGCGGCAGCAGCGCUCUAACGCGUUUAUUAUGGGCCUUACGGCAGCGGUGGGCAUCUCCCUGGUGCGCUGGUUUCUGCACCGCGGCAGGCGCGUAGGCGGCCGGGACCGGGGCAGUGCUACCGGCACGGCCGCGGGCGCUGCUGCCCGGCGCCCGACGGCAGCGGCAGCUGUGGCUCAGCCAGCGCCGCAAUGA